AUGUCCCUUUUUAAGGCCCUCUAUGGCCGUGACCCUCCUCUGUUGCUAAAAGGUACUACUAUUCCAUCUAAGGUGCAAAGUGUGAAUCAGUUACAACAAGAAAGGGAUGACAUAUUGAUGGAGUUGAAAGAAAAUUUAUGCAAAGCCCAGGAAUAUAAUAAGGUGCACGCAAAUAAACAUCGGAGGAAGGUGGAAUUCCAAAUAAGUGAUUGGGUGUACCUUAAGUUUCAACCCUAUCGUCUGAAAUCAUUGGCUCGCAGACCUAACAAGAAGCUCAGGCCCAGAUUCUAUGGUCCUUACACAGUCAAGGAACGCAUAGGGGCUGUAGCUUAUAUAUUGGAUCUCCCUAUUCACAACAUAAUUCAUCCGGUCUUUCAUGUCUCCCUCCUCAAGUGUGCUGUCCAACCAACCACUUCAGUUCAACCUCUUCCAUCUGCACAGAGGAUUUGA